AAAGAUGCUAAAGCAAACAGGAAGCUCUCAAGCUAACUUACGUUACCCCAAACGGCGUGUUUGUUUGUAAUCCUACGUAAAAUACGACUUGGCAUGCAUUUGAAAUCGAGGGCAACUUUGGUUGACUUAUGGAAGUUUUGUUCAACAUUUAAUGCAUUUGCCCUGUUGCUCAUCGUUUAUUAAACAUAUUACAAAAUAUAAAGAAGUCGCUAUUUAUUUUUCAACACGCAUAUUCAAUUCAAAAGUUCCCCAGGCUCAUGUGCGCUUGCUUCUUGCUAAACGUAGGAGGCACAUCAUAAGAAGUUUGGCAAUUUGGAAAACGCUGGUGUUAAAAAAUACUACUCAUUUAACACAAACUAUUUCUGCAGUUGCAUGUAGUUAUGCUCUAAUUCCAACAUCUGCAGCGGAUGCCGACCUAAUAUCCUGGAAGGGCAUGUCCAUAACAUUUGGUAGACCUUCUCCCUAGCAGGAAACGCACAGGUCCAAGAAGUGGGUUGAAAAAUGCCAGAAGCAAGACAUCAUAGACAAGUCACCCGGCCAGCUGUACAGAUACUACAGACUUUGUGGAAAACAUUUUGAAACAUCUAUGGUCGAAAGGAAUGCUCAGAGUACAGUGUUGAAAGAUGAUGCCAUACCAACUAUCUUUGAUGUACCGAGCCAACCUCAGAAUGGACCGGUGAAGCGCAGUAAAGAGACGACCAAAGAUGAUGAAAAGGACAGCAAGGGGAGAAAAAAAACCAAGAAGUCUGAAGCAGACACCGCUGAGACAGAUGUCCAGACACUCCCAGAGGAAGACGAACACAAAGAGUAUCUCAAGUCGUUAUUUGAAGUUCUUGUACUGCUGGGAGAGCAAAGCAUUCCUCCGACGGGGCCUGGGGACGACAAACAGGAUGGCCUGGGGUCAAGCAACUUUCAGGCAUUGUUGGAAUAUCGCAUGAAUUGCGGAGAUGAAGUCCUCAAGAAGAGGCACGACGUGAACCAGGAGUGCUGCGCCCCGGCUCUGCUGAACCAGUUGAUUGAGGUGUGCGAGAAAUGCAUCCGCAGUAAGUUGGUGGAGGAGGUUCGACAAAAUGGCCAUUUCUCAUUACUUACUGACGACUUGGUGAAGAUCUCGGGAGAAUGGUUCCUCCCUGUCUUUCUCCGUUACGUGGAUCAGUCUAACUGCCAGCGGGAGAGGUUUGUUGGAUUCUUGUCCUUUGAAGGAGACGGAGAUGCCUUAGCAGAGACACUGCUGUCUGAAAUUACUGAAAAAUGGGGCUUGGAUAUGGAGCAGUGUCGAGGCCAAGCCCACUCCUGCUCUGGGACACAUUUUGGUAAAAUGAAAACAUUUGCUGCCAAACUGACGGAGAGGUUUCCUACGGUGGUGCUUACACAAAGAUCUUCUCGUACAUUGAACCUGUCCCUGGCAAAUGGCAUGGCUUUGUCAGGGGUUCAGCUUGUCUUGUCCACCUUUAAGAAGAUCGAGGCUUUCUUCAGUCAGUCCCCUUUACUGGUGUUGGAGUUGGAGCACGCCAUUACGAUUUUCUACCCGGACAAAGAGGAGAAGGCAAAGGAACUGAAGGAGAUCUGUGGAACCAGCUGGACCAAGCGACAUGAUGCGUUUGAGGUGGCUGUGGAAAUCCUGGAGGCGUUACUACUCUGCGUGGACAGCGUUCACGACAAUGAGGACAUGAGGUGGAACGAUCAAGUCACACACAACGCCUUAGAGAUUUCAAAAGCACUGGCUGAUUUUGAAUUUGUCAUGGCGCUGGUUGUGCUGAAAAACGCCCUGACACUGACGCACGCCUUUGGGAAGAACUUGCAAGGGCCAACAGCAGAUGCCCACUUUGCUACAACCAGUUUAAAAGCUGUAUUGCACACCCUGAAGGAAGUGUCUGACAACAUCGACGUGUAUCAUGAGUUCUGGAACGAUGAGGCCGUCAACUUAGCCGCUGCGAUGGAGAUCCCAGUCAAGGUUCCGCGGUCAUUCCUGAGAAAGCACCAGUUAGAGGCUGGAGCCAUACUGCCGGAGAGUCACUACAGGGAGCACCUGUCCGUUCCCGUGGUGGAGCACGUCAUCAAAGAAAUGACUGAAAUCUUCUGCGAGGACCACCUGAAGGUUCUGAGAUGUCUGUCACUGGUCCCCACUCUCAUAGAGCAGAACAAGUCCACGAAACCCGAGGAAGAGAGUGUGCAAGUGUUUAAAAGCGACAUCCCCAAUGCAGGAACCCUCUCCGCCGAGCUGCACUGCUGGUGGGUUAAAUGGAGCAAAAAGGGCAAAGGCGAGACCUUCCCGUCCAGUCUGUGUGAGACGCUGCAGCUGGCCGAUGUGAAGUUCUUCCCAAACAUGCUUGCGGUGCUGAGGCUGGUCGGCAUCGUGCCAACCUUGGCUCUGGAGGACGGCUGCAAUGUGGCAUACAAGCGCUUCCAGAUGUACAUGGAGAACACGCCUGACAAAUUCAAAUCAAAAAGUCUCGCUCUUUUGAACAUGAACUAUGAUGUUGUGUUUGACCUGGACUCAAUGGUUGAGGUCUACAUGAAGACAUACCCCGACAGGGAGGAUGUGUCUUAGUCAGUUGUGAUAUGGUAGCUAAACCUCCACACAGUUGACCCACAGCUAUGUUAACGUAUUAUCUAGCCCUCUUUCUGAAUUAGCAUCUUCUGUAUGCUGUUUUAGUUUUUUGUUAUAAAAAUGUAGAGUGUAAAAGAAAGAAAGGAAGGAAGAAAGAAAGAAUGGCUUUAAUUGAGUGGUGAAUACCAAACAUCUUCAAAUUAAGUUUUUUCUACGCUCGUCCUUCAUGCUGUUUUCAUGUUGUGUUUUGGGGAGUGUUGCGUUCAUGGUGAGUUGGAGAUCAGGACAAAGUAGUGUGAGGAUUAAAGUCUCCUCCUGUGAAUAAGGCCCACAAUUCUCAGCUACACCUGUCACUAUCCAGCUUGCUCAUUUGGGUAUUAUAUCUGCAAAUGGAGUGUAUGCGUGUCACUAGACUGCUGAGUCCCCGUCUGCUCCAAGACUCAAAUUUCCACCAUAAUGUUUGGUGUUAAUCAAAUCUGAUAUGAUUGAAGACUAAAACCAUUUGGACUACUUACUGUCUGCUUCAGUGGACGAAUAAUAAUAAAAUGCCCUUUCAGCCAUGUUUCCUUCUCCACUACAUGUACAAAGUUACAUUUUUGAGUUGAAUUGUUUCUUGUUGCCCUCCCUUUUCUUCAGGAGGUUGUUCUCUGAUGGGAGCUGUUAUCUCAUCUGUUUUUUUUUUUCUCUAUUUAAUGAAAUGUGGCAUCACAACAGCCAAUCAUCUGCAGCUAAAUACUUGUAUGAAUUACACUUUAUGUGCAUAAUACUGCAAGGGUUUAGAAAAUAACUUUCUAUAAUUUGGAUGCAUAACCGUUCUUUUAUAUAAUAAAGCCAUAAAUGAUUCAGCUGAUUCAUCUCUUGAAUGAUUUAGACCCUUUCACUGUAGACAUUUUAUAUUGUAGCAGGAAAAGCACAGCUGUGACUGAUGAUAGCUGUAUAUUAUUAUGCAUUCCAGUUCCUGGGCCCUGAGCAAGAUUGCUAUAGGCCUGUUGUGUGUUUUUCACUAGUCACUGUGGCAGGUCAAACAUAUUCAUACUGCGCAUGUUUAUGUAAGACAUUUCUAGACUGUUGCCAGUUAAUGUAUUUCUAUCAGACAUUUCAAUUUAAAAUAUAAAUAAAAGCAAAUUACUUGCUAUACUGUAGGUCCAGUCAAUGUACACAUUGUUCUUUUCUGCCAAGACACGUUAACAAAAAUAAUAUAACGGAUGACGGAAAACCUGAUGCCGACUGUUUGAGAUGACAAAAAGAUUGCUAGGUGAGAUUAAGAAUACAUGGUCAGACAAAUUCAAAUAGUCUACUGAAGAAUAGAUGUGUAUCCAGGGUCUACGGAGGGCAACAGUAAGAAUGAAAUUCACCAAAUCUACUUCACAAAGUGUGAACAAGAGGGAGAUGCGAUCCAAAUCGGAGAGUCUCAAGUCAAAACAAGAGCAGUGCUGCACUUCAAGAUAUUGACGUAACUGUCAGAACUAUAGAUAGUUUAAAUGUUUAUCAAACGUUUCUAGUUAUUGCUU